AUGGAGACGAAAUGCGGGGACGUCGAGCAAGUUUUGAAGCAAACUCCGCUUCGUCGUUCUGGUUUACUUUUCAGAAUUCUGCACGGCUUCAAGGAGAUCCCAAUCAUUGUUUUGGUGCCUAUUGGGUUGGUGGUUUUUGGUCUCGUCAUGGAGGCGCAUAUUAUCGCGUGUAUGCCAGAAAGAUAUAUUCUUAGCGAAGAUAUCGUCUGCUUACCGAGAGUUGUGAGAGCCGGCUCUAUCGAGUACCAUUCGGGUCACCGAUUUUACUCGAUAUUGAGAGAGAUGGACCCUCCUGCAGUACCAACUUUCCAUGGGGAGCAUACGAAGCUUUGUCAAGAUAAACUGCGAUAUAGUAUGAAAUACAGCUACUGUUUGCCCAUAUCAGGACGGAAGGAUACUCCGUUUUGUAUCGCUGGAGACCGAACUGAUCUACUCAACGUCCGAUCACCAAAGUCGAUUUGCUAUGCAAGUGUACUUCACAUGUUGAUGGUGGAUGUAUACGAGGAGCUCAAGGCCACGGGGAACACUCCUUUGAUCACGUUUGGGUCAUUGCUAGGAGCUGUAAGAAAUGGAUCCAUGAUCCCAUUCACGGAAGACGCAGACAUCGGGUUCGUGGGGAGACUCAAGUUCAAAGAUGAGGUCGUGGAAGCACUACGACAGAAAGGUUAUCACAUGUUCUUCAUGAAGAUUUGGCGCGUCUGUGUGGCACCGACUCACCCGCUGGCAGCUCGUCUCUAUGAUCCAAACAAACCUCUUACAAGGAACUUUGCCGUGCCAUACGUGGAUCUGUACAGGAUGAAGAAAGUGAACGAUAGUCUUUGGGAUAUUCAGGAAUUAGUAGGCAGUAACGGACGGUUUCUUCCUGGAGACAAAGUGGAACCAUUAUCACAAGUGACGAUCAACGGGAUGCCGUUCGACACGGUACACGACCCAAAGUUCUUCUUGGCGGAGGCAUAUGGCCCGAACUACAUGACGCCAAAGCCACGAAGACCCGCUCUGGUUAAGCCCAACGUGCCCGUGGUGGCAAACAAGGAUACAACUUGA